AUCAAUCAGUGUCAGGCAAACAGACAGAGUCAAUAAUAUAAAAAUUGUCCAAUUGUGAGCGCUGCCAUAAUAGCAAAUCCAAAUAACGGCAUUUAUAGGCAGCAAAACAGCGCCAACGGCAGCAAGCAAACACUUUACACACAUACAAACCCACUUAUAUACAUAUCUAUAAAUGUAAACGCAAAAUUGAAAAAUCGAAAGCACAUAAAAUUGUUAGCCAAUGCGCCACUCAUUAACGUUAAAGGAGUCUGUCUGAACGGCAUAUUUUCCCUUAGCCCUUGUAGACAACUCUUCUAUUGUUGUGUGCGAAAAAAAAUUAACAUACAAGUCUGUCGCAAUUCAGUUGCACAGUCGGUGUGGGUUUUGGUUGCAGAGCUUACCUGUAAAUCCGACGUACGUCGGUCCGUCCAUCCGUUGCUGGCUGCCUGUUUGUCGUCUUGUCUGGCUGAGCUCCUUAGCUUUCACGCGGCGCGAGAUUUUGAAGUCUGCGUUUGUUUGCCUACCCGGACGCUACUCUAUUUUGUUACAACAAAGUGUGUUAGAAGCCAACUUUAGGUUAAGCAGACACGUCGCGGACGCAUUGCAAUCUCGGCAGCUGAACUACUAGUUUGUGUGCGCAUUGUGUAAGUGAGUGACCGUCAAAACUCGGUGUCAUUAAAACAAACAAACAAGCGGCAAAAGUCAAGCUAAAUUACUUGGCUGGCAGUUGUGACCGCAAAUCUUGCAGUUUCUGUUGAAAAAUUUGUGUAUUUCUUAGAAAAAAAUGCAGACUUACAAUUUAAAUGCCGCGGCGCUGCUCGCUUUAAUUUGCUGUAAUGUUUUUGGUGUGACGUUUGCCAACGAUUUCGCCUACAAUGGAGCAAUGGCGGCCAAGUGCACUGGCAAACAUCUUAGUCCGUUAAAUAUCGACUCUGUGGACAUAGUUAAUAAAACUUUUCCACCAUUUGCAAUGUUAGCCUUUCAGAAGGAACCGAAAAUUGCUGAAAUUGUGAAUACUGGAGACACCAUUCUUUUUCAGUAUACAUAUGACGAUGAGCAACCAGUUAUAAGUGGCGGACCACUAAAGGGGAAGUUUAUCUUCCAAGAAAUAUAUUUUCAUUGGAUGGGCAAUGAUACAUUCGGCCAUGAGGAUCGCACCGACACCGUCCUUUUUCCAGCUGAAUUGCAUAUGACUUUCAGAAAUGCCAAAUAUCACACAUUUUACGAAGCAAAAAGAGAAAGUAACGGUGUGGCAGUUUUAGCCUAUCACUAUAAGGUGAGACAAAAGGGUAGCUUUCUUUAUGAUAAAUUGAUAGAGAUAAUAGAGGAUGUUGCAAGACCAGGCGCAAUCGCCAAGUUUCGCAGUCCAGUAAAGUUGUGGGACUUUAUUGUUUAUAACGUCGUUGACUAUUAUACGUAUACCGGUACAAUGACGAUGCCACCAUGCAGGAAAGACGCUAUAUGGAUUGAUUUUAAAGACCCCAUUCAUAUUUCUGAAAAACAGUUAAAUUAUUUUCGAAAAAUCCAAGCGCAUGAUAUGACACCAAUGAUCUACAGUCAUCGUCCUUUUUUGCCGUUUAGUAAUCGUACAGUAUUUUCUGCGAUGGAUUCGAGCAACUCAGACGAAGAAUACGAAGACAUUCAGAGUGCCGUACCUUUUGUAGAUAGAUUGGUGGGUGACGCAGCAAUGUGGAAGCCUGUUGAAAUCAAUAUUUUGAUUGGGACCUUUUCAUCAAGUUUUAUGACAACUUGGAUCGCAACUACUCGGCAGACGAUGGCUUAAAGAAUGGAAAAUGGAAUGGGUACGAGCAUUUUAAUGCGUUUUUAUUCCUUACUAUGCAUGGCAAAAUAACGGUCAUUGUGAACCGAAUGCAAAACUUAACACAGUUUAAGAGCUUCUUAUUAGCCACUAAAAUUAAAGCUUAAAUCAACUUACUUGAGCGAAAGAUUUACAUAGUAACUAAAACGAAAAAGAGUUUGACGAAGAAUUAACGCGAGGAACGGUCCAAUAAGUCAUUGUUUUUGUUACUUAACAAGUCAAUCAUCCGACCGUUUACAGACCGUUCACAACAUCGAUAUAACCGCCGAGGUCUACAAGGACGUAAAUGUGAGAAAACAAGUGUCUCUUGACACUUCAUCAUCAUCAUCUUGUCAUGUUAGUAAUAGGAAUUUUUCGAAAAAAAAACCCAAGAGCUUUUAAUAAUAAUGCACUUUUUUAAUAAUAAUUAAUUAUUAAUAAUUAUUUUGUUACUUAGAUGUUGUAGCUUCAAUAGCAAAGCU